AUGUCCAUCUCGUGCUCACGCAGUCUAGCCGACAUCCGCGCUGAACAGGCUGAUAACUUGGAUCGUCUUCGAUCGACACUCGAAACAAUGAAUUUGAAGGAUUUGGUGCCGAUACUUGUAGCUAGGAAUGUGCUAAAAUCGCAUGAAAUGGGAGCUGUGUACGCUAAAGAAUCAACCCAAGCACAAGUUGACGCAUUGAUCGGAUUGUUAAAGACGAAAAACCACUGGGUUGGGCCGAUGACCGAUGCACUUAUCAGGAAUGGGCAGGCUCCCGUAGCGAAACUGCUUCUCCAAAUGCAACAGACCAGUUCGGCUUGA